AUGUCGAAUACCCCACGCGCCGCCGAUGGCAGCAACGGAAGAGACAACAACAAUGAAAUAGAAAACACAGUGGCGAAAACAGCCGGAUUCGUGGUCUUUUCGGGAAUCGCUAUGAGCAUUCUCAAAGCCCUUAACCCCUUCAACAAAAAUCCCGACCUCCAAAAGGAACCCUUCACGGAUUCAACUCGGAUCCAGCCCCCAUCUCAACUAGGUCAAAACCCCUGCUUACAGUCCCCUGAAUUGCCACCCCUCAAAGAACCAAUUUUUCAGGAUCCCGUGACUACUUUGGUUGAGGAAAAUGUGGUGGAACCUUCACAUAAAACUAUACAGAUUGUCAAAGGAGAUACUCUUUGGGGCUUAUCAAGAAAAUAUGGGGUUUCAAUUGACGCAAUAAAGGAAGCAAAUGGGCUUAUGGGGGACACCAUCUACGCUGGAAAAAAGCUCAUAAUCCCGUGA